AGAAUCCAUCACUCAGGAAAGGAUGAUGAUAAGGACUGAAGCUAUAAAUGAAUUCAAGCAAUGUGUAUCAUAGACAUUAUUUGAUUGUAAUAACUGAUAUAUAAAAUACAUUGUGUUUUCUUGGAGAAAACUACAUAGGGAAUUGAAGGAAAUGAAUUAACACUAGAAUUACUGGAUAAUCACACAUUUUCAAUGCCUCAGGUCAUGACGUGUUUCAAAUUAACUGAUUUUGCUCUUUGAUGAAUUCUUGUUUUGCUCAUUGCUGUUUGAGGUUAGUUGUGCACGCCUUGAGCCAACCCACAACUUCCUUUUCAAUAAGCCAUAACAUAACUUUGAUUAUCUUUUCAGGUAUUUUUCUUUCUUUUCUUGUGUGUGCAUCUAUUUCUUAUUUCUUCAUACAUAAACAGUGUGAAUUCUCAAAUUUUUCUUAAACCAAAAUCUUGUAUUCUGAGAAAGUAUCUUCCUAGUAACCUGGCAUUCUAGAUAAAGACUUGAAUUGUUCCAGCUUGAAUUGACUUGGAUUGAACAUCUGACUGAGAGAUGAUUUCACUUCUGCUCACCCUUGUGGUUUACAACAUAGCUUCUGGCUUCACGAAAGUCAUGGAAGUGACCCAGCCAGCAUUCAUGAUAGUAAAGAGACCAGAGGCCACCCACUUUGAGUGUGAAAUCAAGAACAUGGGUAAUGCUGAAGAUCUGAAAGUAACUUUAUUUAAAGAAGAAGACAACGGGUCCAUUGAGAUCUGUGCCUCAGUCUUUACUCACACUGGGAUCAUAUUAGGCCACAAGAAGGAAAACCACAGAUGCCAAGUUUAUCCUGGUCGUGACAGGGUAAAUGUAACACUUUUGGGUCUACAGUCAAGUGAUGCUGGUUUGUACAUUUGCCAGAUUGAACGGAUAUCCCCUCCACCCUACUAUCCAGUCAAAGGAAAGGGGACCCAGCUCUUUGUCAUUGAUAAAGAUUCAUGCCCAGAUAACCACCUCUAUCUUUGGAUCUUAGUACCAGUAGCUUCUGGGUUGCUUGGAUACAGCAUUUUAAUCACAAUCUUCAUUAUGACAGAGGUCAGAAAAAAACGCUAUUAUUCUCCAGGGGCUUAUGAGAAAAUGGUACCAAUGUAAUUAGAAAGAAAAGGACUUCAAUGGAAAAAGGGGAAAAAUGACUUCUAUGAAGUGUCAAUGAAGAGAAUGAAUUUCCUAAUAACUAGGAAUGUAAUUAUAAUUUCCAGAUUGGAGAACGAGAGGCAAGGCAAUGUAUUAACAUGUAAAUGCUGAAAUUAAAUAACAAAUCUGUUGAAUCAUUGAAUUCAUUUGAAUGCAUCUAUACUUUUCCCUAGAGCAAGGUCAAUUUUCCUUGUGAAAAAUUACCACAAAUUCCUUUGCAAUAGUAAUAGCCUUACAUUCAGGGCCUCAUGUUAUAUUCAGUCCAAUUAGUGGAUAAAGUAUUUUGUGGCAUGUUCCAUUCCAGAUUAGCUGGAUUGGUUUCUGAGCUUAACUUUUCCAUUGGCCAAAUGUACUUGAUUUUGGUCUUAUUUUUUUAUAACAUUUGGAUUUCUUGUAGAAGCAAACCAAGGCAGAUCGCAGAGGAAACAGACAAGAUCAGUCCUUAACAUAACCAACUAAAUAAAAUUAUAGCAAGAAAACCAAAUCAGAGUAAGGCCAGGAAGCCUAUACUCCAAAGAUGCUUCCUGAUGAUAACAUUUAGAUCUGACUAUGUGAUAAAUUCAGGAAUCAGAAUAACAAACCUCCAUCUGCCCUUAGCCCCAAAUUCUCCUCACUUGCAUCUCCUUAACUGCUAAAUGUGUAUGCAUAUAUCACUACCAAAUGUUUUUAAAGUUUUUGCUUCCUCACCACCACCACUACAAUCUACUACAAGAAGUAACAUGUUUUUUUUCUUUCCUGAAAGAACUUUUCACUGUUGCCUGAACUUGGUAUGUGUGUAUGUGGAUGCUCAGAUAUAUGCCAGCCUUUUCUUUCUCUUCAAACACUUUCAUUCUUAGCAGCAUCUAUUCUGAGCUUCUAUACUUCAUCCCCAACUUUGCUUCAAUUUCCUUUUGCCAUUCUGUUUAAGGAAUGUUUGGAAAAUAAAAGUGUAAGUGUCAAAAGUA